CAUAUCGUACAAAUGAGGGAAAACCUUGGGUAUUACCAGUGGUUCGAGCGACCGAAAAAAAGAUUGCAAGCGAUGAAAAGAUUAAUCACGAGUACUUAUCAGUUUUAGGGAACGAAAUGUUUAGAAAAGCUGCGACUGCUCUGCUAUUGGGUGACAACUCUAAAGCAGUACAAGAAAAACGGGUAUUUGGAGUGCAAACAUUGUCUGGCACAGGAGCUUUACGUCUUGGAGCCGAUUUUCUAACUAAAAUAAUGGGUCGUACUGAUUUUUACUGUUCUGAUCCAACUUGGGAAAAUCAUUCAAAAGUUUUUUUGGAUGCUGGUUUUAAGAAUGCACAUGAAUAUCGUUACUGGGAUUAUAAGAAACGUAUUAUUGAUAUCGACGGAUUAUUAGAAGAUUUAUGCCAGGCACCAGAAGGUGCUGUUAUUAUUUUACAUGCUUGCGCUCAUAAUCCAACUGGCAUGGAUCCAUCACAAGAACAAUGGAAGCAAAUUGCUGAUGUAAUUGAGGGCAAAAACUUAUUCCCAUUCUUUGAUUCAGCAUAUCAGGGUUUUGCUAGUGGAGAUCCAGAUAAUGAUGCAUGGGCUGUGAGAUAUUUCGUUGAUAGAGGUUUUGAGCUUGUAUGCUCUCAAUCUUUUGCCAAAAACUUUGGUCUUUAUUGUGAGCGUAUUGGUAAUUUAACAGUGGUACAGCAAAGUCCCAAAACAACUGCCGCUGUUCAAUCACAAUUCACUUUGGUGGUACGCGGCGCAUAUUCCAACCCACCAGCGUUUGGUAGCAGAAUCGUUGGAACAGUACUUAGUGAUCCAAAACUUAAAGGAGAAUGGAUGGAAUCAAUAGCAACCAUGUCAUGCAGGAUUCGGCAAAUGCGUGAAGCUUUAGUUGAAAAUUUAAAGGCACUGAACACUCCUGGUAACUGGGAUCACAUUGUGAAACAAAUUGGAAUGUUCUCAUACACUGGAUUAAAUGAGCAACAAGUGGGUACUCUUAUCAAAGAUUUCCAUGUGUAUUUACUUAAAACGGGACGAGUCAAUAUGUGCGGCGUAAAUGAUAAGAAUGUGAAACAUAUUGCAAAAGCCAUUAAUGCUGCAGUAUCUAAAAAGUAAUAUUUCGAUAUAGUAGAAAAGAACUAAUAAGCUUCUGUAUGGAACAACUCAUGAGAAGAAGGAGGUGUAAUAUGGUUUAUGAAUGACUCAAAGCGCAUAUAUGUUAAGCAUUCAAUGCCUAUGGUAGAACUAGUAAACAAAAAACUAAAAUACUUGAAUUAAUUAUAUCAGGAAUGUCCAAUUCUGAAUCUCAUUUUGACUACAAAUAAAUAUUACCAAUAUCCGUCUUUUAAAA